UUGAAUGCUUUCAACGCCAAUGCAAUGUUUUUCUUCCUCUCGAAUCGAUUUAUCGAUAAAAAUACCACCGAAUCACUUUUCAACUUCAAAUUAUCCCCAUCCGCAUCGAUAACAAUGGUAUUAUCAAAGUAUUUUGUAUUCAGCGAUGGAUAUAGAACGGCUGGCAUAUCGCUGAUACGUUUGAAUGUUUCUUUAAAGACUCGUCGUGUGAAUUUGCUGUUGACUAAAAUGACGUCGGCUUUGCCGGUCGUGAAUUCCUCGGCCCAGUUCAAUGGGAAUCGAUACCAUUUCCGAAUAGCACCACCGUCUUGAGGCGCCAUCAGCAUAUCGGGAAAGUGACAGUAGAAAAGGAUCUUCGGUGAACCAGUAGCAAGUUUCAAAAAUGGAAUGCCAAUCGAUAUUGAGUCGACAAAAAUUACGUCAAAGUUCUCUUCACGUGAUAAAACAAAGGUCGUGUACAGUGUAGCGUACAGCAUUCGAAUGUAAGCACAAAGAGCCGUAAAUUUGUUAAAUAUCGAUCGAGGCAACCAAUCACCAACUGUUUGCACCUUAAGUGUUCCGUCACGAGUUUCCUCAAAACAAUGAGUUGGAUCAUGAUGAUUUACAAGGAACUGAAUCGAAUGACCACUUUUUUGUAGAGCCAAAGCUGCAUCCACUACUAAUCGUUCCGCACCGCCGAUUCCCAGGUCCGGGUGCAUAAAUAAUAUUUUAACCAUGGCGGAGGAAGUUUAAUUCUAGAUGAAAUUGGGAGAAAGAUAAGAAAAAAUUGAAUAGGUUUGGACAAACAUUCAUGUGUUCUGAUGAAAAAUUAGAAUUUACGAUUAAUUUUUUCAACUUUUUUCGUUUUGAAAAAGUACACUGUUUCAAUUUGUUCAAAAAGGAUCUUUUCAUAAGGAAGAAACUCUCCUUUUUCGUAAUAAAAGAAGUUUUUUUCUCGAACGAAAUCAAUACCUUUUAGCUUAAACAAACACAAAAUACGGCUUUGAAUAACGCUGGAAUACAAAAUAAAUAAACCUUGAAUGGGAAAUUUCGAAAAAAUAAACUUGAACUCUUCGUUUCACAUAGAAUGCGUUGCGAGAUAAAGAGAUUUAAUUGAAUUAAUCAAACAUUGCAUCUGAUUGAAUCAGAAAAAGAGACACAUUGCAGACGUAUUUUCAUUAAAUGCCGCAAUUGACACAUCAGUAACAAAGCAAUUGACAUUUCGAUGCAGAUCUACCACAAUUUUUACAGUAGCACACUUCAUUUCUAGCAGUGCCGUCGAGCCCGUGAAGCAGUCCAAGCUGCUAUAAACGAAUUGCUAUGAAUCAUCUUCAGAUGGCUCUGUGUCAUUCGACUAGAAAUUUCACAAUAUUUCGUAAAUAAUCGAAAUGUGUUUCAUAUUUACGUCAGAAAAAUGUUGUCUGAAAUGACCAUUAAAGGAGAAUAUAAUUUUUUUUUAAUAAUUUAUUUAUCAUAGAAAAUGUUACUGAACUUUGCUUCUGAUUUGUAAAUGAUUACCAGAAAAUUAUCAAAAUUCAUAUCAAACCUCUCGAAAUAUAACGUAUUUUCUCGAAAGAAAUGUGACUUCAUAUAUAUUCAUGUGCCCUAGCACUGUCAUAUACACACGUACAGUGAUUUCUCCAUCGGACAUUGUGAAACGAGUUUAUUUCUACGACGCAAUUUGCCUCGUUUAUACGUAAUGCAACCGAACCGAAAAAAAACACGAGCGAAAUUUGUUUACCGAAAUAAGGCAAACAAAGCAGAUGACAGAGACAGCAAAUCUACAACACAACACAGGACUGAAAGAGAACCAGUUUGUUCGGCAAACACUGUUCGCUGUUCUUAUUGGUGUGUAUGUGCGUACGUUAUCCCCACCACAGCAAAAAGAACGGGCCGAAUGUCUGAAAGUAGGCAUUAAGUGAAUGUAACGCUGUUCACAUCGACCAUACUCGUUUUGGCAGAGUCACGUAGCAGCCAUACCAACAAUAAACUUACAAAAUUUUCUACACACAUUUACUUUGUGUUUUAGUUUUGGAUUUUUAUUCAUCUGUUCAGUUCAGUAAUAUACCCAAUAAAACGGCAGCCAUUUUGAAAAUAAAUUCAAUACAAAACCGCAGUUGAGGCAAGAAGCAACAAAAAAUAAAAGAAAAAAGAAAACGAAACGAAAAUAGAAAUCCUGUAAAGUCAGUCAAAAUUGUGAAAAAUUUUCUAAAGUGCAGCCAAAUUUAAUAGCAAAUAAAUCGGCCAAUCACUAUUUUUUCUUUCUUUCUCAGUUGGAACAAAGCGAUUUUAAUUUCGUUCUAUUGAAUUUUUUUUUUUACGUAACUCACACACAAAUACAAUUUAAAUUCAUAUACCAAAAUUUCAUCAAAGUGGUACAAAAUUUUGAAAUUCCAAAUUACAAAAAAGUGAAUAGAGUAUAGUAAAAAAAAAUAAUCAUUUUUAUAAUUACAACAACAAUAUUACAACGUAAAAAAAGGAACGUCCUUUGUUUCUAACACCCAAAACACAAUAUACGCAUUUCAACGGGUUUUUUCGAUCAUCUAAAAGAACUGUGACUCAACGAAUUGAGAUCCCGUCAAUUCGAGAUCAAUAGACUACAACCAAUUGGACCUAAAUUUUUUUUUAAACCAGAAAUCAAACAUUGUGGACACUUUUUUUUCUAAAUAGUGAAAAAAAACUCAUUAUUAUCCAGCGGAAUAUUAAAAGAAAACGAAACACAGUCGUUUGUUUGCCUUAUAUUUAAAAAAAAAAACAAAGUUUAGUACAAUAAAAAAAAGAGGAAAAAGAAGCAGAAAGACCAGAAAUAUCCGACAGAAAAAAAACAACCAUAAGUUUUAGUUCUCUCCGUCUGUGUUACAAAAAUACGAAGAAGAAGAAGAAAAAGUUUGUCGCGCUGAAAAGGCAUAUAUAAACAAGAACGAUACACACAUAAAUAGAUAUAAAGAAAUAUUUCUUUUCCCCGAAAAUAUUCGUUUCGUUUGAGUGUGUCCGAUCUCAAUCAUUCAUCCAAUACAUUUCCGUGUAUGCACCAAAGGCCCCCCUAAGCAAACCUCACAUACAUCUCACACACGCAGCAGCAGCAGCAUUACGCAAAACGCCUUGCAGAGAGACAGAGAAAACAACACACAAUUUUUGUACAUCGCAUCAACUGAACAUACAUUUUCUGAAUAGAAAGUGGAACGACGAUUUGUGCGAGUUAAAAGUAAACGAGAUAGCAACACAUAGAGAACGGCUUGCAGCAGUAACAGCAACCAGAGCAUACAGUCAUACGCAUCUGUAACAGAAGCGCUCUCCCGUUGCAAACCCCGAUAUAUUUUUUUCCGUUGGCAUAUUCACACAGGCAACAGAAAAACCAACACCAAUUCAUCCGGCAUAUACUCAAGUCUCGCACGGCACACAUAUAGACUCGUUCAGAUCUCUUUUGUAUAUUCUUUUUCACAAUAAUUGUUAUUGUAAAAAAAAAUUGUUACGUUUUGGUGUGAUUUAAACAGAAACAAAGAAAAAAAAUUUAACGAAAAAGUCGACGUCAUAGACGUGCAUUCGAUCAAAAAAUUAAUUGCAUCGGUUUUAAUUUAUCGACGGACACACGCGCGUGACACAGUGAGAGCAAACGUUGAACGUGUUAGAGACAGGAUCAUCGACGAUUUAAAGAAGAAAAUAGACGGAGAAUUUUGUAAAAGGGUGUUGCUUAAAUGCAUCAUCUAUGGAAACGAUCCGCAACAAAAUCAACCAAAUUCACACAAUCACCACAAAAAGCCCAGUACAUUCGACACAAUAGCCGACGAGGCAUUCAAAAUACAGUCAAAAAAGAGAUCUGUAGGCAACCUUUUGGCAUAUUUAAUUACAUUCGGACCGAGUGCAGCUGCGGACACACACUAGCACCUACAUUCACCUAUACGCUACCAACACAACAACGAAACAACAACAACUUGCCACACCGGACGCAUCAGUCAUAGUCGAACCUCCAUAGCAAUCGCAUCUACAGAGACAGACAGCGAGAUAGAGAUAGAUAGAAAGAGAGACAAAAGGGAUAACAAAAACAGUGAAGAAAUAAUAAGGAAUCGAAAUUAACACCAAUCAGUCAUAUCAUCUUGUACAGUUGUGAUCCAACUCACACUUUGCCUUCAAUUGUCAUCAACAAAAUACACAGAAAUUUCUGUUUCUUUUUUGUUGCUGUUUUUCGCCACAAGAAAACACACAAACGAUUUACAAAUCAUAUCGACAAGUGCGUGCUUCGAUCAAGUGAUACGACAAUUUUUUUUAGACUCUGAAUUUUCCGUUCGGCUUAACUAGAAGAAAAACAAUUGGAACUUUUCAAUUUCGGUUGUAAACUAGCUAACAAAUCCAGUUUGUCCAAACGCGCCAACUAAAUUACAAUUUUGGUUAAAGACAUCAGUUUUUAAUUUUUUUCGCUCAUCAUUACACGAAAUUUCGUCAAAGUUCAAGAGCUACAAUGACCAAUUCACAGAAUCGAGCUACGCAAAAGGAAGGCCGGAACUCCGAAAGGAAUAAUGCGAGCCCAAAUCACCAGAAAAAUGCGAGCCAAAAUGGUGGCAACAAUGGUCGAAAGGUGACAUUUUUCAACGAUAACAAUAAGGGUAACAACAAUAGCAACCCGAACAAGGGAUACUAUGCACAGAAGCACUCGAGCAGUGCGCCGCAACAGUAUUUCUCGACAUCGCCCAAAGAUAUCGUUACACCGCCGAAUCAUGGGAAAAAUCGCCAAUAUCAACAGCGUAAUCACAAUGGCAGUCCGCAUGGUUUAACGGGUCGCAGUCCACCACGGUCACCAAUAUCGUUUGCAUCACCGGCCGGUGUAUCGACAACUACACCGAAUUUGCAUUUUGCUGGCAGCAAAUAUUUUGAUGCACCAUCACCGAAUGCCCUUCCACAGCCACCCUGUCAUUGGACGUCCACAUCAUCAUCAUCAUCAUCAUCCACAUCCACAUCGCCACCACUAUUAUCCACAUUGCUUCAAACCGUUGAAUCGGCCACAUCCAAACGCCGGUUGUUUCCAAAUGACACCAGUAAUCAAAAGUGUUCGUUGAUGGCUGCUGAAGCGGCUAGCAAAAAUCUUUGCAGUGAUAUUUUUUCGCACAAUUUAAAAUUACUUUUAAAUGUUCAGGCCUGAAUCGGAGCGAAACCACCAUCACCACCACAACAACAAGAACAUGAACACUGGACGACCGUGCAACCAAAACACAAAAUACAACUUCUAUUUUAGAGAAAAAAAAAACAAAACUGACCUGAUUUUAAUCUUUAACGGAACUGGAUUUUUGAAACGAGUUUAAAAUAAGAUGAUAGGAAACAGCAUAAAUGGCAUACAGAUAUGGAUUCAAGGACCUCCUGCAUCUCGAAACCAUAAUUCGACCGACAACAAAUUUUGUGCAGCCACCAACCAAUAACCAUCAGAAUCAGCAAAAGAUGAACAAUAGCCACAAUUUGAUGAUUACAUGCAAAUCAUUUGCCCACCUUCAGCUUCAAAUCGAACCAACAGGAAAUCACAGAAACACAACACAAAGGUACUUCAUAGGCAUAAUUUCAAAACAGUUUUAAAACAAAAACAUACAUUUAAAUCAAAACAACAUCGUUUAGCCCAAAGAUUUUGAGAAUACAGAAAAAAAUCGUAAAAUUACAAGAAUGAACUAAAACAGAGAUAUAGACAGUUAGAUAAAAAAAAAACAAAGCAAAGAUGAAGAGGAUGAAUGAGAAUAAGAAGAAGAAAAAAAGUGAUGAUGAUUUCGAUACAAACUGAACUGAUUAUUUCGUUUUUAUAACGUUAAUUGUAAUUUCUUGCGACGAAUCGAAAUCCAGUUUUUUUCCCCUUUCUUUUCAUGUACAAAAUACAAAACAAACAUAGACAGUUAAUAGAUACAAUUUAAACAUAUUCGCUUAUCACCAUUGUACAAAAGGAAAACAAAUGAAAACCAGUUCGCACACACACACACCAUAUUUAAUUAGAUACCUUCUCUUCUUUUUUGUGUUUUUUCCACUCAUCAAUCAUCAAAUUCUCUCAAUGCACCCCACACACAGAGCAGUUUUACAGUCCACACACAGACAUACUCAUUGCAUGCAAAAUCCUGAUGAAUGAACAUACAGCGGCUUUAGUCACUCACUCACAAUCAAUCAAUUCAUUGAGCAGAGGCUGGAAAAGAAACAGAAAAAAAACCAAAACAAAUUCAUUGGGCAACGAAAAGACGGACGAAGUUCAAUCGACAAUAGCCGUUCAUAUUCAAUCGAUUCAAGCCAAUUUCGUCCACAAUCAAAAUCAAAUCAAACGGCCAUCUUUUCCAUUCAACGUUCUCUUUUAGGCCAGUGGAUCAAAACUGAAGCGGAAAAAAAGAAACAUUUUGAUGAGAAAAAAAAUCUUGAAAAUUGAUACACCUUUUGACCUAGUGAAAUACUUGAAUUGUUCCUUUUGAAAAGCAAUCUUCCAAGUGAAACCGAAUCACUUUUAUUACAUUUACUUGAAAUAACUGAAAAACUGUUUAAAUGUUCAAAAUCGAAAUGUAUCCCUCUAUACGAAAAGAACGGGAAAAUUAUUAAAUUUCUUCUUUUUUUUAGAAAUAUGCCAAAUUCAAUGAUGCAAAUGAGAACAAAACGUUGCUAAAAAAAACGAUGAACAAAUAAAAUUGUUGAAAUUAAAAUAUAAA